AUGAAGCAGCGAGGAGACUGGAAGCUGGUGGUUUCGGCUCUCUUCUCGACGGCGAUCCUUGCGCCGCCGUGCGAUGGGCAGGUACAGCCGGGUCACGUGACCGCGGACGGUAGCUCCGAAUGUCUGGCGGGUGACGGUGCUCCCUGGUUCUUUGGAGGUCGUGAGCGCUGGGAGGACGAGGGAUGGAUGGAUGCAAGGCCGAGAAAGGAGAGACAGACCGAGUCUGGAGGUCCUUGUCUCGAAUCCCCGGUUGGAGUCGGGUGCCACUCGCCAUUCUUCGACACAGUGAGGCGGAAGUGCUUCUACGUCUGCGGUUUGGAGGCCGAUAGCAAUGCUUCCAUGUGGGAGGGAGACAUGAAAGAGUUGUGCACCGAAGGGUACGUCGUGGGUCAUCUGCAAUCCGUGGACCAAUUGCAAGGGGUCCAUGACUACGUAAAAGAACUGGACAUCAGCGGUGAUAUCUUCACAUCGUGCUACCUCGGAUAUUAUUAUCCGGAUAUCUACGAAAAUUAUACUGGUGCGCACAUCCAAUGGAAAGGCUGGAAUGCAACGAUGAACGAUACUCUGUUCGACGAAGUUUUUCCAACCGAAGAAGCCCUGGACCGUUUCGAAUAUCGACGCCUCUGCUUCCUCGCCCUCCCCAGCCCAGCGGAAGGUCACGCGCCGUGGAAGGUGAAGCAACGGACCUUAGAUAGCGAUGUCUCCUCGGUCCUCUGCGAGAGCAUCAGUGAUAUCUUCACAUCGUGCUACCUCGGAUAUUAUUAUCCGGAUAUCUACGAAAAUUAUACUGGUGCGCACAUCCAAUGGAAAGGCUGGAAUGCAACGAUGAACGAUACUCUGUUCGACGAAGUUUUUCCAACCGAAGAAGCCCUGGACCGUUUCGAAUAUCGACGCCUCUGCUUCCUCGCCCUCCCCAGCCCAGCGGAAGGUCCCGCGUCGUGGAAGGUGAAGCAACGGACCUUAGAUAGCGAUGUCUCCUCGGUCCUCUGCGAGAGCAUCAGUGAGUUCCCUUCUUCCCCACUGUCGGUAGCUUUCUGGUCUCUCGCGUUUGAGGGUCUGCAAGCGCAUAUGAUACCGUGCGUGUCAAAGAAGGUGAUAAGCAUCACCUUCAAGGCGAACCACGUCCCGGAGGAUGUGCAGACUGUAACUGGGAUGUGUUCCCCCACCGGCUUUCUCGCCGAAUCUGUCACCCUAUGA